GUUGCUUUCAAGCCACGCUGGAGAAGAUGUUACGGUAACUUGAACGCCUCGUGUGAAAUUAUCAAGAGAUUCGAGUUGAGUGACAAUCACCUGGUAAAGAUACUUGUUGGGUUCGUUACCAUUUAACAAGCAGCCAUUGAUCAUCAACGAAAAUGUUGGGCUACUUUGAAAUUUUUUGCGGUAUCGCCGCAUUACUUUUUGCCUUUUAUUACUAUUCCACUGCCAAUUUUAAUUACUGGAAGGACCGGGGAGUAGUUGGACCAAAGCCUUUGCCAUUUUUUGGUAAUACCAAGGACAUUAUGUUCGCAACCGUUUCAAUGCCAGAAUUCAGCAGAGAUGUUUAUCUGAAAUAUAAAGGCGAACGAAUGGUUGGAUUAUUCAUGCAAAGAUCUCCUGUUAUCUUUCUGAAGGAUCCAGAAUUAAUUAAAGACGUUCUUAUCAAAGAUUUCUCGAAAUUUUCGGAUCGCGGAUUCAAGGUCUAUGAAAAGACCGAGCCAUUAUCACAACAUCUCUUCAACCUGGAAACAAAAAGAUGGAGACCGAUGCGUUCGAAACUUUCUCCAAUGUUUACAUCCGGAAAAUUGAGAGACAUGUUCGGUCUUAUCCUCGAAUGUUCAGAGCACUUUAAACAGUAUUUAGAUAAAGUAGUUGCGAAAGGAGAGCCUAUAGAUAUCCCAGAUCUAACUGGAAAAUUCACUACCGAUGUGAUUGGUUCUUGCGCUUUUGGGAUUGAUACGAAUUCAUUGGCAGAUGAAGAGAGUGAAUUUCAUAAAGUAGGCAAACAAUUCUUCACUCCAACUUUCAGAAAUAUACUUAGAUUGAAGAUCAGCAUAUACUUGCCAAAAUUGUACGAACUAUUGGGUUACAUUGUACCAGAUAAAAAGUUUGCUCCUUUCUUCACGAAAAUGGUUAUUGACACCAUGAUGUAUAGAAAAGAACAUAAUAUACAUAGACCUGAUUUUAUCAAUAUGCUUAUGGAGCUGAAGGAUCAUCCUCAAAAAAUCGAUGAUAUCAAAUUAACCGAUUACCUUCUAACUGCUCAGGCUUUCGUAUUUUUUGCGGCUGGUUUUGAAACUUCUUCGACCACAAUGAGCAACGCUCUCUAUGAAUUAGCUCAGAACCAUGAUAUUCAGGACAGACUACGUAAAGAAAUUGAAGAGCAUUUCGAAAAUAGUGAUGGAAAUUUGAAAUAUGAACAUAUAAAGGAAAUGGAGUAUUUGGAUAAAGUAUUCAAAGAGACAUUAAGAAAGUAUCCACCAGGUGUACUUCUACCAAGAAUAGCAACUUCAGAUUACACUUUUGAUGGUUCUAAGGUUUCAAUAUCGAAGGGUAUGUCAGUAUGGAUAUCAACAUUUGCUAUACAUUGGGAUCCUGAGAUCUAUCCAAAUCCUGAGGUCUUUGAUCCUGAAAGGUUCAACAAAGAUGCUGUUAAUGCUCGACAUCCUAUGAGUUAUUUGCCUUUUGGUGAUGGACCAAGAAAUUGUAUUGGUGCCCGGUUUGCAGUUUAUCAAACCAAACUUGGAUUAAUCACAAUUCUCCGCAAUUAUAAAGUUGAUAUCUGCGAGAAAACUAUAAUUCCAUAUCACUUUGCCCCGGGUGCAUUUAUACUUACAUCGAAAGAAGGAAUAUAUCUGAAAAUAACAAAAUUAACAAGUUAAUGUUAAUUUGACUUUUCUCAAAAAUGUAAUGCUUUACAGUAUUCAGUUGAAUAACAAAUAUAUUUAAAUUGUUUAUUA